AUACUCAUCAUAUUAUGGUCUCUCAAUUGUGGAUCCACCAGUCCACAUGUACACAUGUUUCUGGGAUACCGAGUCUAGCUACCUGGGCGGUGCGAACUGGUCGUCUUCCAUAAAUUGCAAGCCUAGCCGACUUCGGCCCGGCUAGUGCGUACCUCGUCAUCCAGCCGCUCGCAAUACUACCGGUACCCACAGAGUGACCACGCAGCGCUACUACGACCAUCUAAAACAUGGCGGCGGAACCUCCAUAUCUCGAGCUGUUGAAAGCUGUGGACAGCUUCCCACACAUUGACAUAUCGAAGACACCAUACAAUGAGGACGAGAGAUCUUCCUUCUAUCAACUUCUCCUCCCCAACGACCCUCGGAGCCAUGGAUAUAUCCAUCCGUCAGUAAUACAGAAGCUUGAAUGGACAGCCUCAUUCCAAGUCAAACACACUGUUCCAAGAACGGUCCAGCUGCUGGAUGACUCAGACGGAAAAGACACUGCCGCCGCAUGCAGCCGGGCCUUCUACGAGGUGCUUGAGAAAGCAGUCAACUCUAAGACCUACCCUUUCCUUAAGACAAUGCAAUGGGAAAACUACAGAAUUGUUGGGGCCAGAUACCCGAAAGUGCAGAUACUGCGCAGUGCAGCGCGUCUAUUUGGCAUCUGUUCCCGUGGUGCCCACAUGACUGCGUAUGUAAGGACUAAUGACGGGAUGAAGAUCUGGGUAGGACGACGGGCCGCCCACCUCUUUACCUUUCCAGGCAAGUUGGACACAACUGUUGCUGGCGGAGUACGCGCCGAAGAGUCACCUUUCGAAUGCAUCGUCCACGAGGCUGCCGAGGAAGCGUCUAUACCAGUUGAAUUCGUUCGUGCCAACGCCAAGGCUUGCGGUGCGAUCACAUAUGUCGCAAAAAGUAGUGAUGCCUACGGAGACGGUUCUAACCUGAUGACUCCGGUCAUUCUCUACAACUACGACAUCGAACUUCCCGAAACCAUCGUACCUCGGCCGCAGGACGAUGAAGUGGAAGACUUCUAUCUUUGGGAUCUAGAGCAAAUCAAGAAGGCAAUGAUCAACCGAGAGUUCAAGACAAAUUGCGCUGCUGUCAUGAUCGACUUCUUCGUCAGACAUGGGAUCAUCACGGAAGAGAACGAGAAGGACUACCUCGAGAUUCUGACGCGCCUGCACCGUAAGCUGCCUGUGGCCACUUCAGCUUUUGAAAGUUGAAGCAGUGUUGUCGAAACUAUACAGUACAACACGACAACGCUCGGAAUGAAAUACACACCAAAUGCAUUGAUAGAGCGAUAGAAAGACCAAAUUGAUGUUCCGUCUAUU